AGGAAAAGUAGCCACCGCUUGAAGAAUCAUUCAUAAACACACAUAUAGAGAGCUCUGAAUCUCGAGGAAGAAGAUGGUCAGGAUCAUUCCCAUGGCUGCUUCCUCCAUUCGACCUUCCCUCACCUGCUUAUCUUCUUCUCCUCGCUUCCCCAUCUCCCUCCUCUCCAGAAAUCUCUCUCGCACUCUCCAUGUUCCUCAAUCACAGCUUUUUGGUUUAAAUUCUCAUAAGCUUUUGAGAAGAAGUGUAAACUGUUUAGGAGUGGCUGAAUCUGGUAAACCAGCUCAAGCUAGUACAGCUACUGCACAAGAUGAUCUUCUCACCUGGGUCAAAAAUGAUAAGAGAAGAAUGCUUCAUGUUGUUUAUCGUGUUGGCGAUUUGGACCGGACGAUAAAGUUUUAUACUGAAUGUCUUGGAAUGAAGCUUCUACGCAAGCGUGAUAUACCGGAAGAGAAGUAUACAAAUGCUUUCCUUGGUUAUGGACCUGAAGAUUCACACUUUGUGAUUGAGCUUACUUAUAAUUAUGGAGUUGACAAGUAUGACAUUGGGGCUGGUUUUGGUCACUUCAGUAUUGCUGUCGACGAUGUGGCGAAAACUGUAGAGCUUGUGAAAGCCAAAGGGGGAAAAGUAGCCCGGGAGCCUGGUCCUGUCAAAGGUGGCAAAACUGUGAUCGCAUUCAUUGAAGAUCCUGAUGGUUACAAAUUUGAACUCUUGGAAAGAGGUCCUACACCAGAACCUCUUUGCCAAGUUAUGCUCCGUGUUGGUGAUCUCGAUAGGGCCAUAAAGUUCUAUGAGAAGGCUUUUGGAAUGGAACUUCUGCGAACAAGAGACAACCCAGAGUACAAGUACACAAUAGCCAUGAUGGGAUAUGGUCCAGAAGAUAAAUUUCCUGUCCUAGAGCUGACAUAUAACUAUGGUGUCACUGAAUAUGAUAAAGGAAAUGCUUAUGCUCAGAUUGCUAUAGGGACGGAUGACGUGUACAAAACUGCAGAAGCUAUAAAACUCUUUGGGGGAAAAAUCACGAGGGAACCUGGUCCCUUACCAGGUAUUAGCACGAAGAUCACCGCAUGUCUGGAUCCUGAUGGUUGGAAAUCGGUCUUUGUGGACAACAUUGACUUUCUCAAAGAACUGGAGUGAGAUGUCAAAGGAGAAAAGAGAAGAGAGGCAACAAAUGCAUGAAAAUGGCUUAUGAGGGAGACAAAAGGAGAGGCCUUGUUGUGUUACAUCGGUUUGGGGUUUGAUAUAAUAUCUCUCAGAGUGCUGAGUAUUUGUUCAAUGUUUUUCAGAAUCUAGUGUAGUUGUUUUACAUGUUACGUCUUGUAUAUUAGUUCCACUUAACAUUAAUUGCCAAUAAAUAAGAUGAUAAGUG